GUGGAUUGUGGGACAUUGUUGUGCCAUAUUGACACACGACUUAAGGAAAUGGACGCGGGUUUUUUCCGCGGCACCAGUGCGGAGCAGGAUAACCGCUUCAGCAAUAAACAUAAGAAGCUGUUGAAGCAGCUGAAGUUUGCAGAAUGUCUGGAGAAGAAGGUGGAUAUGACCAAAGUCAACCUGGAAGUCAUCAAACCCUGGAUCACCCAGCGUGUGACGGAGAUCCUUGGCUUCGAGGAUGAUGUUGUCAUAGAAUUUGUCUUCAACCAGCUGGAGGAAAAGAAUCCAGAUGGAAAGAUGAUGCAGAUUAAUUUGACUGGGUUCCUGAAUGGAAAGAAUGCCCGGGAGUUCAUGAAGGACCUCUGGCCGCUCUUGCUAAGUGCUCAGGAGAACAUUGCUGGUAUCCCAUCUGCCUUUCUGGAGCAGAAGAAAGAGGAGAUCAAACAGAGACAGAUCGAGCAGGAGAAACUUGCUUCUCUGAAAAAGAUUGAUGAAGAUAAAAGGGAGAAGGAGAGCAAGGAAAGAGCUCAGUCCAAAAGUCCUAAACGGAGGAGGUCCCGCUCCCCUGUGAAGCGGGAUCGUAAAGCCAGUCCCUCUCGGUCUCCUCGCCGAAAACCAAGUCCAGCUGCCUCGCCGCCUUCUAGUCCAUCUAAUAAUAAAGAUGAACCAAAUCAAGAACCGGACCAGUCGGAGAGCUCCAAACCAGAACCGCUUGUCCAGGAGGCUUCCUCUACAAGUGAUGUAGUGGGUGAGGUGAAGCCAGACUCCUUGUCUGAGGCUGUGAAAGAAAAGUCUCCAGAGAAAAUGUCAAAAUCAGAGGACAAGCCCAAACCCAGGGAACGGGACCGAGAUAAGGAUGGACGCAGAGAGAGACCACGCCACCGUUCUCGUUCCCGAUCACCUCGCUCUCGCAGACGGCCCAGAUCACGCUCCAGGUCGUUCUCUCCUCGCCGCAGAUCAAGUCCCAGGAGGCGAAUCUCUCCAAGACGCAGGAGCCCCCCUAGACGCCACCCUCCACCUAGACAUCGACGCAGCCGGUCACCUGUCCGCAGGCGGCGCUCUCGCUCCCGAUCCUCCUCAGGCAGUUCUUCAUCUCACUCACCCCAUAAGAUUGCAGGUAAGCGUGGGUCAGCCACCCCACCCAGAAAACUUCCACGGCGCUCAGAACCCUCCAGCCCCUCCAGAAGACGAGGCCGCAGCCCCUCUGGACCAGACACCAGACCUUCAGAUUUGAAGCACAGGCCUGGAGUAAGGAACAACUCGUGCUCUCCUUCUCCCAAACUGAGAGGAUCUGAUGCAUCAGAGUCUGAGGGGGAGAAGGUGGGCAGAGAGUCAAUGGCAGAUUCUGUCCAGCAGCGACGUCAGUAUCGCAGACAGAAUCAGCAAUCCUCCUCAGGUUCAUCCUCUUCCUCAGAAGAUGAAGGUCCAAGGCGGCAGAACAGGGGGGCAGCUGCCAGAAAUGGAGACAUUAGGAGGAGGAAGCGGAGCCAUUCACCUGCAUCACCACGUAGGCGGCACAGAGAUGCAUCCCCAAGAAAGAGACGUUCUCCAUCACCUGCUGGUCGUAGACAACGUUCCCCCUCUCCUCCUCGCCGCCGCAGGUCGCCCUCUCCCCCAAGACGCAGAUCUCCAUCCCCACUUCCUCGACGCCACUCUCCCGCUAUUCAGCGUCGCUACAGCCCCUCCCCUGUCUCAUCUCAGAAAAGACGCACAUCAGUGUCUCCCCCUCCCAAGCGCAGAGGGUCUCCUUCACCUGUGCCCAAGCGCAGAGGGUCUCCUUCACCUGUGCCCAAGCGCAGAGGGUCUCCUUCACCUGUGCCCAAGCGCAGAGGGUCUCCUUCACCUGUGCCCAGACGCAGAGGGUCUCCAUCCCCUGUGACCAAGCGCAGAGGGUCGUCUUCACCUGUCGCCAAGCGUAAAGGAUCUCCAUCCCCUGUGGCAAAGCGUAGAGGGUCUCCUCCUGUAGUUAAACGUAGAGGGUCUCCUUCUCCUGUCGUUAAGCGCAGAGGGUCUCCCUCACCAGUGGCCAGGCGCAGAGGGUCUCCCUCACCAGUGGCCAGGCGCAGAGGGUCUCCCUCCCCUGUGGGCAAGCGCAGAGGGUCUCCCUCCCCUAUGGGCAAGCGCAGAGGUUCUCCCUCCCCUGUGGGCAAGCGCAGAGGUUCUCCCUCCCCUGUGGGCAAGCGCAGAGGUUCUCCCUCCCCUGUGGGCAAGCGCAGAGGUUCUCCCUCCCCUGGGGGCAAGCGCAGAGGUUCUCGUUCCCCCAAGUGGAGUCGUGGUAGCAGUCCAGGAAAGAGACGCACUCCCCCCUCUUCUACUUCGCCUCCACCCCGCCACCGAAGAAGUUCUCCAAAUCCCUCUGCAGCCCAACGGGGCCGAGACACCCGCUCCUCUCCCCCUCCCCUUGCUACUCGAGUGUCUUCCAGUCCUCAGGGUCGAUUUGUCCCUUUUGAUUCCUCCCCACAGAGACAAAGACGUCAGGUAUCCCCCCCGCACGGUACUAGACCCAUUCGCAGGGUUUCACGCACACCAGAACCUCGCAAGUCUCAGAGUGGUUCUCAGAGCCCCCAGCCGGUAAGGAGGCAGGUUUCUCGAUCACCAUCUGCUUCUCCUCCUGUGGCUCACAAGCGGCCUGCUUCAGUUUCUCCCUCUCGUUCUGCUAGCCGCUCUCCACUUCCGCCUCCCAAAAAGAACAGCAGUGUCUCCCCAACUCCAUCACCUAACAAGAACUCCGAUGUAGAAGCUGGUAAGAAGAAGAAAAAGAAGAAAGACAAGAAACACAAGAAAGACAAAAAACACAAGAAGCAUAAAAAACAGAAGAAGGAGAAGGGGGGAGAAGAGAAGAGUGGAGCGGUGGAAGGAGGUCAUGGACAGGAGGCGGAGCCAGACUCUGACCAGAAAAAGACUUCAGACGUUUGACUGCAGUUUUAACAAACACAAAGCAACUUCUACUAGAGUGAAGAUUUCGAACGUCAUAAAUGUGAAAGCCUAAAUGUAAUGUUGUCAUGCCUGAUUUUAUUGAGUCAGACAUAAUUAAUGCUACCUUUCUUGAAGGAAUCAGAAAGCGAAGUAGAAGACAGUUUGGAUGAUCUAGAGAAGCAUCUGCGUGAGAAAGCUCUCCGCUCUAUGAGGAAGGCCCAAAUGUCUCCAUCUUCUCAGUCCUGAGGAGAAAUCUGCCACACCUCUAUUCCACUCUCUGCAUUUUAAACGUUUGAUGUUGAUUCAGCUUUAGAAUGUACAAAUUGUUAAAAUUCACCCUAGAAUUUUGUUUUUGUUGGAUUUAUUAUUAUUUGGCAUGUUUAUUGCUGGAGUUUUAUGAUGCUUGAUUUGUGAUCGGGCAGCUGAUGUUUCUGGAUCACCUUUUGUCCUCUUCUCCACUCUUAAAUACUGUCAAGAACCGUUUAUCCAAAAACAACCUUUUUUUUUUUUUUUUGGUCCCAAGACACUCUCCUGUUGCUUUUACUGUUAUGAUGAAACAUAUAAGGAAAACUCAUUUGCAGUUCUGAGUUAAAAAUUUACAAGAUAGCCUAUGGAUUCCCUCUCAACUUUGGCAGGACUUUUUAUGAGAGUUUUGUUUGCAUGGAUAGCAGACUUAAGUGUACUUGUCCUCUUGUGUGCAUGAUCUAUACCAAAAGACCCAAUGAGUUGUGAGAGCUCAUCCAGCAAGCUGCUCUCCAUUCAUCUGAGCAUUGGGGGAACUCUCAAGAGCUCUACUGUGCACAAGAGAACAAAUCAGAAAUGUCUGUUUUCAUCCUUUUUAUUUUUUGCUUUCUAUUUUUUGUAACCUAAGUUGUGUUUGAAAUUGUUGAACCUUGCCGUAAAUACUGGCUUUAAACAGUCACAUUAAAAUGAAAGAAAUUAUUUAUUUUUGUCUGUUAUUUUGAGUAGCUUGUGUGGGGUUUUCACCUGCGCCAUAUUUGUUCAAGGUUGUCUGAGGUGAUAGAAAUGAGAAAUCCUUUAUAAGUCUAGUUUAAAACAUGUCAAGUUUGUAAAAAUUUCAUCUUUGUGUCCAAUUUGGUUUCAUAAUUUUUUUUAAAAACCUACAAAAUUCUACAAACAUUUUUUUUAAUGUCAUGAGGAGUAACUACCCUCAGACCCAGCCAUUAAAUUAUGUCUUCUGUAGAGGACAUUUUGGUUUUCAUACUACAAUAUCAUACAUGCCACAGUUGUAAAUCAGUAUCUUAAAAUGGACACCCUAAACUUUUCAGAGAUAUCUAAUGUUUUGGGGUUUGUCCAUGACAACUUCUCGAGCCUUAAAAAUAUCUGAUGUCACAAUUCAGCACAUUUGAGGAAAAUAUGAACAGUAUUUGUACUAUUUUGUACUUUAUAAUUAAUAUUAAAAAAAUCAUAGAAAUAUACAUCUCAAGGAGAGAAAAAAAAUGAAUGAGUUUUCAAAGCAGGAUAUGGUUUUGUUUUACAAGAAAGGCAUUGGUUUCUUUGAUGUCCACUGUAGGGGACAUCUGGUCUUAAUACUUGUUUUCACCUAUUGGGUGACAAUGCAGGUGAAUAGUAAAGCAAUAAAAUAAGCAUAUUUUAUAAACUAUGAGAUAUUCCUUUGAAAUGAGAUUCUGGAGUGUUGACACUCAUAAUUGAACACAGAUUAAAUGCUGGCACUGCUAAAUUCAUAUGUGUACAGGAAUGCAUAAAAUAACACCAUUUAAACUAUAUAAUUAUGUAUUAAAUAAAAAAUGAGCUCAACUUAUAACUUGAGUUAAAAAAAAAAUAUUGUGUAGUCUCUGGGUCUUCGGGACAACAAAUAAUACAUAUGUAAUAAUUAUUGUAAUGCAAUAUAUGUAUAUAUUUCUAUUUUUUGUGAUUGUCUCUCUCUGUCUCUAAAAUUCAAAGGGGCUUUAUUGGCAUGAAUGUAAACAAUACAAUAUUGCCAAAGCAGAGGCUGUGUAAAAAAGAACUACACCUUAAUCUAUAAUUACAUUUAAUUUAACAAUAUAAAAAUAAAUACAAAACUGGUUCAGUACUGCUGAAGACCACAGUGUUUAAAAAAGCGAAGAGCACUGACACAUAAAUGAAUAUACAUACUCAACAUACUAUACUCUGUCUCUGUGUAGAAACUAUAUUGACAUUAAACAAAAGGACAUUUCCUAAACCUUUGCUGGUCUCAGG